CGCCAAAGAUCAUCAGAGUACGUGGCGUACUCGGACAUAUAUUUAGGUGCUUUCGUUUCUUUCUUUCUUUUCUUUCUCUUACUCAUUUUCAGUGAAGAGCAACUGCGUGCACCAUUACAAACUCAUGUUAUGCUUAUAAACAUCCCAAUUGUGUGGGUUUUUUAAUUGUGUGCAGUGUACAAUUGUGUAAACCCUACAGGUGCAUCAUCAGCACCAGCAUCAACCAGUGAGGGAGGAUGCUGCUGCAGCAGGGAGAAAGCGGGUCGACGCUGGACAACAGCCGACCUUAAUCCACCUCGGCUCGAUCUUUUCUGUGCACUCUUUUUUUCUUUGCACUGUUUUUGUCGUUACCCUGCAUCAUGUUCCCAUCGUGCUGCUCUAAGCCUGCGGAAAGCGGAGGUAAGAGGAGCUCCGUGGCCAAGCUCCUCCUGGGGGUGUUCAUGGUGUACCUGGCCCACACCGCAUGGCUGCUGUACGGUUUCCUCAACACCAGACCCUGCGUUGAGGAUCGAGAACGCUGCGUUACCUCCUACCUGUCUGCCAGACCGAGAUUGCAGCUGAGUGUGUUCACCUGCCUUGUUCCAGACAAUAGUCAGCUCAACUUGGCUUUAAGAAUUGAUCCAUUUGAUCCUCAAACUACAUUUGUGAGACAGGUCAAUGUUGUCCUACCAGAAGAAACUCGAGCCAAUGGGAGUCUCUAUGCCGUCGUGUACAUCCACAAAGCCAACGUUUCCCCUCUAGAGGACAGCCAAGAGGUCCACCAUGCAGCUCUGCUUACCACCUACAUCAGCCCUGCAAAUACAAGCUCCAAAUCAAAGCAUCCUGUAUCCCAUUGGAGACCCCGCCUGUCAGUCACCAUGAUGUCAGAGGACUUCACCUUCAACAAGGGAGGAAUACCCAGUGAUGUGCGCCGCUACAUUAGAAUCUCCCAAGAAGGCAGACGGAUCAUCUACCUUCCUCUGCUGCUGAUUGACGAGCUCAGCUUCAGAGUGAGGGAUCUAAUGGAGAUCACUGGAAGCACCACCCAUCUGCCCCUCACUGUGUCCUACGAGGGGAUUUCUCUGAGGAGAUUCCGAUUUUGGGUUCACCUCCAGGAGGUUGUUUACUCCCUGCGACAGUUUGGCUUCUCUGAGGAGUACAUUGAUGAGAUUGAAGAGACCCUGGUGGGCUCCAACCUUUACCUGUUAGUGCUGACCGCCCUCAUCACAGCUGUACAACUCAUUUGUGAAUUCCUUGCUCUUAAAAAUGACAUCAGUUCCUGGAGGAAAAAGAAGAGCAUGGCAGGAAUGUCCAGGAAAUCUGUUUUGUGGCGAAGUCUUGGUACUUUGCUGAUUUUCCUGCAUCUACUGGAGGAAACCAGCCUGUUGGUGCUACUUCCUGUCGGGUUGGCCGCAUGUGUAGAGGUUUGGAAGGUGUUUAAAGUAUUUGGGAUCAAUGUUUAUUGGAAACGACUCUGCGUAAACAAAAUGGAUGAAGAUGAGCGAAAGACAGUGGAGUAUGACACACAGGCGUCCACAUACUUGUCCUACUUGAUCUAUCCCUUGUGCAUCAGUGGAGCUAUUUUCUCACUGACCUACUUACGUCAAAAAAGUUACUUUUCCUGGAUAGUUAACAGCCUGGUAACUGGAGUGUAUGCCUUUGGCUUCCUGUCAAUGGCACCGCAGUUAUUUAUUAACCACAAGAUGAGGUCUGUGAGCCACCUGCAGGGGGCAGUGUUGAUGUACAGAGGGGUGAACACCCUGAUUUCAGAUAUGUGUUCCUGUAUUGCCAUCCUCUCCUCAUCUGGAUCCUUCUUGACGUCUCAUCAGCUCUCUUGUUUUAGAGAUGAGCUUUUCUUCCUCCUCUACCUUUACCAAAGAAGACGUUUCACCCCAAAGGUCAGCAAGAAACCCACAGCAAGAAAGUGAAGACACACUGAUCAGCAGAGACUAAAUCAUCUUCCAACCUACAAGUGGAGGGGAUUGAUUUGCUUUAAAGAAGUCAAACGAUGGACUCGGCAGCAAUUUCUGAUUCUUUUCUGAUCAAGCCCAUUCUUGCAAAUUUCACCAGAAUUGCACUGAUAGCAUCAUAAUACAUCCAUAAUGUGUAUUUGCGUUAUUCUGCUUCACAUGCAUGAGGAGAGUGGUCAUUGAACAUCUCUUCUGGUUAUAUUGCAGCUUACUGAGUGGGCACUGUGCCUGCAGCUAAAGUCUCCCACACCUCAGCUAUUACUGUUGAUUUACUGUGUAUUACCAUGGUAGCUGUAAAUAGAAUGAAUAAAGGAAUUCAAACUGCUGGCUAUGAAGAGCGCUGGAGCUGAGAGAUGGACCUCCUUGUUGGAUUUUGUUAACAUGGGCUGUAAAUAAAUGUCAGUGUGU